AUGACCUACGACUGCGAAGCAGCGGUCGCCAAGAUUUUUGAGACCUUUGACAAGGAGGGCUCGGGCUACUUGGCCGCGGAACGGCUGGGUGAUGCCCUCCGCCUGGCCGGGACGAACCCGACGCACGCGGAGGUCUCCCAUCUCUUGGAGCGCCUGGGCCACCCCAGUGCCUUCGACGCAGCAGCACUGCGCCAGGUCAUGGAGGAGGCAGUGAGCGAGUGGCUGUCGAAAGACCAGGCGUCGGAGUUGCUGAGCAGUUUCCGGUUGUUCGACCCGGCGGGCUGCGGACGGCUUUCCAAGCAGGAGUUGCUGCGGAUCAUGCAGAUGGGAGGCUACAGCUUUGGAGAGAAGGAGAUGGAGGAGAUGUUGCAGCAUGUCACCAUGGACAGUCAGGGAACAGUUGACUAUGCGGAGCUUGUCUCGAACUAUUUCCUGGCGCCUGAGAGUGGCGUCGCAGCGACGUUUCAGGCCCGGCCGCGGGCCAAAAGCGACUACCCGCUGGCACGCUUCCGGAGGGCUGUGCGGAAGCUGAGGAUGCUGAGGAUGGUGGCGUUCACGACGCACAGCAGCUCCUUCACUGCCGAGAAUGCGGUGGGCGUGGUCGAAGCGAACCUGGCCAUCGACGAGGAGUUCGAGCAG